CAAAUAUUUUCUUUGUCAGGAAUAUUCUGCUAUAUUGCGCUCAUGAUAACCGUUUAUUCCAAAUAGACUUUGUUACGUUGUACAAGAACUAAUAACUUUAAUAAUAAUUAGGCACCUAUAUUAUAUCAUUAUUAUUACAAUCGGCAACAGAUUUUAUCCGUUUGCAUUCGUAUAAAUUAUCAGGUGAGUAGUGAGUAAUUAUAUCGAUCAGUCAUGGAUAGAAAUGAGAAGAAGUUGGAAAUAUUACGUCAUAAAACGAAGAUUCAUACAGAUAUAUUGAAAAAAAAAGUUGACAAUACUAUUGAUAGUACAAAAAUACUAACUAAACAUUGGGAAAAUAAAUUGUCUGAAUACAGUGAUAUAGUGUUGCAUAAUACAAUUUUGUCCUACCAAAAAUCUUUAACUAUGCAAAUGGAAUUUAAAGAUAAAAUAAUAGAGAAAUUACAAAACGAGAUGGAUGAAUGCAUAGAAUAUCGUUGUAGAACUGGUCAAAGAAAUUUGGAAUUAGUUAAUACUACAUUAAGUGCAUUUAAAAACGAAAUUGAAAAUAUACAUCGCCAGUAUCAGGCUGAAUUAGAAUUAGCAUUGCCUAUAGAUUUCGCAGAAUUAGAAGUCAGAACAAACGAGAAUGAUACUUAUUGGAAAAUGCUAAAAUAUGAUAAUAAAGUGAUACAACUUGAGAUAGAAAGAUGGAAAUCCAUUAUUGAAAACAAGCACAUUGAAAAUAUGGAUAUCGAACGUGGAAGGUUUGAAUCGAUUAUGAAUAAGUUUUGUUGGAAAGACUACAUAAUGCAUUACAAGAAUAUGAAAGAUAUAUAUUCUUUUAUUUUGGAUGAUUAUACGGAAAAAACUAAAAAUACGGUAAAAGAAUACUUGAAGUUCAAAACAAUGAACGAACAAUUAUUAGUUACAACAAAAAAAUUAAAAACUCGAAUCAAAGAUUUAUUAAAUAAAAUAAGUUUCUUGGAAAAAGAUUUAAGCAACCCUAAGUUACUGAAGGAAUUAAAUAUAUUAAUACAAAAAAGAAAUGAACUUCAAGAGGGCUUGAAACAAUUCAGAAAUAAGGUCGCAAUUAAUUCAAAGCUCGGUCUUAAACAAAAGUCACUUCUUUGCCAAUCUACCAAACAAAUAAAUAACAAUAUAAACAUUAUAUUGAAGAGAGGCAAAGAUACAAUGAAAUGUAUCAAACUAUGUCAAGAAUUGGAAACAUCCGAAGACAAAGCUAAUAAAAUACCAAAAUUAAAUUCAUGUGGAAAUAACGAUGCGAUUGAUCAAUCAAAAAUACAAGAAAUGUUAUCAAAUAUACAGCAUCGUGUAUCCUCUGUAAAGAUUGAGUGUAAAAUGAUUGACGAGAAUAACAAUAAAUUAAAACAUGAAAAUAACGAAUUACAAAAUAAAAUUAGUUGCUUUCUUAUCAAUCAAUGCUAA